AUGUCCCAAUUUCCCUUCCUAUUAACACUUACUUUUCUCCUUAUCAACGGAGCUUUAGGACAACUCGGUCACGGCGAGGAUUGUCAAUUGACCCCAGAUUGCGACACGACAAUCGGCCUGGAAUGUCGCGACCUGAAAUGCACCUGCAUUCCGGACUCAAUUUAUGACGAGGUCAACUCCACCUGCCUCAUUUUGACGGGUGCGGCUUGCGAGGACUUUGGGGAUGACAGACUCGCCUGCGUUUCUCAUGCCCGGUGCGAAUACAACGGAACUGCAGAUGGGUACACUUGUCAGUGCAGUGGGUCGUCAUACGUCCAAGGUCCCGACCGCCUCUGCCACCCCACCGAAGGAGGAGACUGUGACCUCACCACCGACUGUUCCCCCAGCGAUCAACUGCUCUGCACAUUUGGCAAGUGUCAGUGUCAGAACCCGUUAAACCAGCGGUUUGACCAUGACCUUAUGGCGUGUCGAAUCAUGGUCGGAUUUCCCUGCAAUCCGGUCGAUCCUAUCUUCCGAUGUGACCAAAACAUGACGUGCAACAUGGACACGGGGUCACCUACUGGGUUCAGUUGUGAGUGUGGGACUGGAUAUUUGCCAUCUUUGGAUAACGAAAGAUGUUAUACAGAUCACCUCCAACCCUGUCAACCCGGUGGGUGGAUGGAAGACGACUGCGACUACUUUCACCGAGGUCUUUACUGUCGUCAAGGACGGUGUCAAUGUGCCCAAUCACCUGCCCAAGUUUGGGAUGAGGAACAGAAAACCUGUGCAAGUGUGGAGGGAAGUAAAUGCUCCGUAAUGAAGGCGAGAGAUCAGACCCCGCUACCUUGUCGGACUGGGUUGACAUGCAUUGUUCGUGGUAAUCAAUUCUUUGGGAUUUGUCGUUAA